CGGACUCCCGCACCCGGCAUACCGUUAGCUACAGAUUCCACUGUACGGACGAUCUUCAGGAGUCAAAAGGUUAUCAUGAUCAAGCAGCUUUCUCAGCAUUGGCAUUAAGUGUAAAAUCCAGUUGUCGUGAUCACGUCAUGCCUACCUUUGCCCCGCGCUCGUUGUUGACAGGCCUGGUAACGGGCCUAUUCCUCGCCUUGUUAUUGCAGCAUGUGGUGCCUGCUUUGAAAUUGCAGACCUACCAUAGUCACGACGCGUUUGUAACAUCUACACCGCUAUACCUAUCCGAGUCGAUGGCGCAGGUUGUGAGAAAUAGCCUCCGCGCCGCUAGGCAUCGUGCGUGGGUCGGCGGUGGAUACAAAAGCGCAUCACCGCUGCUCUCUCCAUCUUCAACAGCUACUCUUCGCAUCCAUCCAGCCUCUCCAACUACAUCGCGCACCAUGUCUACCCAGAAGUCUUUCUUAGACGCUGUUAUUGAGCGUCGCACAUACUACCAGCUCAACAAGGAUUCGCCCAUCUCCGACAAGCAGAUCACUGAUAUUGCUGAGAAGGCUCUUCUUCAUGUCCCUUCAUCUUUCAACUCACAGAGCACUCGUCUGGUAGUUCUUCUGAACAACGAUCAUGAGCAGUUCUGGGAUUUCGUUCUCGAGGUUCUGAAACCUCUCACUCCGGAGGAGCAAUUCCCCAAGACGGAGCAGAAGGUUGGAGGAUUCAAGGCAGCGAAGGGAACAAUUCUCUGCUACGAAGACCCCGAGCCAGUCGAGGGUCUCCGCAAGGCGUUCCCUCUCUAUGCCCACCACUUUGGCGACUGGUCUGAACAAACUAACGCCAUGCACCAAUACGCUCUCUGGGUCGCCCUGGAGGCAGAGGGACUUGGCGCCAACCUUCAACACUACAACCCUAUCAUCGACCAGAAGGCUGCCCAACACUGGAGCAUUCCCCUCGAGUGGAAGCUUAGGGGCCAGCUGGUCUUCGGUGGACGCGCGGGCGAGCCCGGCGAGAAGAAGUUCCAGGAAGUGCAAGGCAAGAGACUGUUUGUGCACGGAGCGAAGGAGUAGAUGCAAGUACUGAACAUGGCAUCGCAAUAGAAACAAAUUCCAUCGCAUUUCAUCUAUCACAAGACGCCAACGCUAUUGAGUAAAUUACUUGCUUUCCGACACUAUCUUCCGGUCGA